CACGAGCACGGCCACGAGCCCUCCCGCCCGCACGCGCGCCAUCGCGAGCACGGCGGCGAUCGGCCUGCUGGUCACGGGCGUCAGGACUCCGGUCUGGGUAACGAGGAGAGGCAGCGCCAGAGCGGCAAGCGAGUGGCACGGCACAGCGUCAGAAAGCACGCUCUCUUUUCAGCACGCAGUCAGAAGGACCACGGGGAAGACGAGCGUGACCGUGAAGAGUGCUUAAAUGUUACCCAGCUGCUACGGUACUAUGGCCUGGAAACCAGCUCUCCAAUAUCUCCUGAAUUGUUUGUAUACAUGUGUCCUGCUUUGCUAUACCAGAUCGAGAGAAGGCUUUGUAUUGUACAUUAUGAUGAGCUUGAAGAUUUUAUGAAAAGUAAAAAUGCAUCAAUUGAAAACAGAGAUAAAACAGGUGCAUCAGCCUGGUUUUGUGGUAUCAUCUCUAUCACCGUCAUUAGCCUGCUUUCCUUGCUAGGUGUGAUCUUGAUUCCCAUCAUUAACCAAUGGUGCUUCAAAUUUCUUCUAACUUUCUUGGUAGCUCUGGCUGUAGGAACAAUGAGUGGAGAUGCACUACUCCAUCUGUUGCCACAUUCACAUGGAGGCCACAACCACAGUCACCACCAUGGCCAAGGUCAUGUUCAUGAACACAAGCGGUCUCACCGCCAUGCCCACGGACACGGAGCUCGGGCUGAGGGCUUCCUAGAAGAGAAUGAUCCAGUGCUGAAAGGUCUCGUGGCACUUGGAGGCAUUUAUGUUUUGUUCAUCAUUGAACAUUGUAUAAGAAUGUACAAGCAUUAUAAUAAACAAAAGAGUAAGCAGAAAUGGUGCAAGAAAAAACAGACUGAAGAAUCACCGAUUGGAAGGAAACUUUCUGAUCACAAGUUAAAUAACAGACCAGAUGCUGACUGGCUUCAGCUCAAACCCCUUGCAGGAGCAGAUGACUCAGUUCUGUCUGAAGAUCGACUCAAUGAAACUGAACUAACUGAUUUAGAUGGCCAACUGGAAUCCCCUCCCAAAAACUUCUUGUCUGUAGAAGAGGACAACAAUAUGCACCAUUCUCACAACGAUGUCUCACAUGCUGCUCAAGGGCAUGAUCUUCAUGACUCAGAGUAUGACAGCCAUGGCGAAGAUAAAAUGAUAGCUAGAAAACACAGUCACCACUGGCAUCACAAACAUUCCCAUCAUUCCCAUGGCCACUGUCAUUCUGGAAAAGACCUGAAAGAUACUGGGAUAGCUAAUAUUGCUUGGAUGGUAAUUAUGGGAGAUGGCAUUCACAACUUUAGUGAUGGCUUAGCAAUCGGAGCAGCUUUUAGUGCUGGACUAACAGGAGGAAUUAGUACCUCUAUAGCAGUAUUUUGCCAUGAACUUCCACAUGAAUUAGGUGACUUUGCUGUGCUGCUUAAAGCAGGUAUGACAGUAAAGCAAGCGAUUGUGUACAACCUCCUGUCUGCCAUGAUGGCUUACAUAGGGAUGCUGAUAGGCACAGCAGUGGGACAGUAUGCUAACAACAUCACCCUGUGGAUCUUUGCAAUCACUGCAGGCAUGUUCCUCUAUGUGGCACUGGUUGACAUGCUUCCAGAAAUGCUUCAUGGGGAUGGAGAUAAUGAAGAGCAUGGUUAUUGUCCUGUGGGGCAGUUCAUUCUUCAGAACCUAGGCCUGCUUCUUGGAUUUGCCAUCAUGUUGGUGAUUGCCCUCUAUGAAGAUAAAAUUGUGCUUGACAUCCAGUUUUGA